AUGGCGGUGGAACCGAGCUAGAUAGAAAUCCAGACCCUUUUUAAGAGGCUUGGCGCAGUUCCAACUAACAAGGCCUGUUUCGAUUGCAGCGCCAAGAAUCCGAGUUGGGCCAGCAUCACUUACGGCGUUUUCUUGUGCAUUGACUGCUCCGGGGUGCACCGCUCCCUGGGCGUCCAUCUGAGCUUCAUCAGGUCCACAGAGUUGGAUUCCAGCUGGAACUGGUUCCAGCUGAGGUGUAUGCAGGUCGGCGGGAAUGCCAAUGCAGCGACUUUUUUCUGCCAACAUGGAUGCACGGCCAAUGAUGCCAACAUCAAAUACAAUAGCCGCGCUGCCCAGAUGUCCCGGGAGAAGAUCCAGCAGCUGGGGAGUGCGACCCUGGCUAGGCACGGCACUGACCUUUGGAUAGACAACAUGAGUAGUGCUGUUCCUAGUCACUCCCCGGAGAAGAAGGACUCUGAUUUCUUCACAGAACACACUCAACCCCCUUCCUCGGAUGCACCAACCACUGAGCCUUCAGGGACCCAGCAGCCCAUGUCGUCUGCAGAAAGCAGUGGCCUAGCACAGCCAGAGCAUGGCCCAAACACAGAGCUGCUUAGCACCUCACCCAAAGCAUUACUGGAGUUCAUGUAUCUGUCAUCUAAAGGGGCCCUUCCUGCUGGAGAACUGAAAAGCUCCAUCAUUGGCAAGAAGCCAGCAGCAGCUAAGAAAGGGCUGGGUGCCAAGAAAGGCCUAGGGGCCCAGAAGGUGAGCAGCCAGAGCUUCAUCGAGAUUGAACGGCAGGCCCAGGUGGCGGAGGAGCUCCGAGAGCAGCAGGCAGCCGAUGCCAAGAAGCAGGCGGAGGAGUCCACGGUCACCUCCAUGCGUCUGGCCUGUCAGGAGCUCCAGACUGAUCGCAUGAGAGAGGAAAAGAAGCUACUGAAUCUGGACGGGAAGAAGCGAGAGGAGGCAGACAGGCUGGGCAUGGGCUUGGUAUCCCGAAGCUCUGUCUCCCACUCCAGGCUGUCUGAGAUGCAGGUGAUCGAGCAGGAAACCCCAGUGAGUGCAGAAUCUUCUGGCUCGCAGCUGGACUUGUUUGACGAUGUUGGUACUUUCACCUCUGGACCCCCCAAGUACAAGGACAACCCCCUUUCCUUAGGAGAAAGCUUUGGUUCCCGCUGGGAUACAGAUGCUGCCUGGGGUAUGGACAGGGUAGAGAAGGAGCCAGAAGUGACCAUCUCAAGCAUCUGGCCUAUUUCAGAAAGGACCACAAACCAGAGGGAGGUGGAGAGCCAGAGCACAGGCCGCGAGUCUAGUGAGGCAUGUGAGAAAUUCGCAGGAGCCAAAGCCAUCUCAUCUGACAUGCUCUUUGGGCGGGAGGUGGAUGCGGAGUAUGAGGCUAGGUCUCGGCUGCAGCAGCUCUCAGGCAGCAGUACCAUCAGCUCUUCAGACCUCAUUGGGGACACGGACGGAGCUCACGGAGCAGGAAGUGUAUCUCUAGGGAACGUGCUGCCUACAGCGGACAUUGCCCGGUUUAAGCAGGGUGUCAAGUCUGUGGCCGGGAAGAUGGCUGCGCUGGCCAAUGGUGUGAUGAAUUUCUUGCAGGAUCGCUACGGUUCCUGCUGA